AUGAACCUCAAAGGGUUAAUCGAAACCAUUAGAUUUAAAUUUUGUUUUAUAGUACUUGUUCUCAAUAAUGAUAUAAUUUAUCAUCCUGCUCGAAUAAAUUCUUCAACUACAAUUCCAACUACUCCCGAUGUAUCACAACAUCAUAUUGCUUAUAUGAUUGUUGGCAGUGUUGAACAUGAUGAAAAAAAAUUAUUUUAUUAUGAAUUUAUGUUAAGUAAUCUUGAUGAUACAUCAUUCAUUCCAAUUACUUUAACGUAUACAGAAGACACUGAUGAUAUUGUUGCUCAAAAUUAUGUUCUUAAAUCAUGGUUAGAACGUUUUCGUUUUGAUCAUGAAUAUUUAUAUAAAUCUUCAUUGCCAUCUCUAUCAAAAAAUUAUUCAUUUACUCAACCAUUAAUAAUACUUGUUGACGAUCACCGUGAAACACCAUUAAAUAAUUCCACCCUACAAUUUUUUAAUAAUGAAACAUUUAAAGAGUAUAUAAUGCGAACUUAUUUACUUGUUUCAUCGAAAAUUGAAUAUCCUACACAAUCAGAAUCUACAAAUCGAAUUGUAUUACAUGUUAGUUCGUCAAUAGUUCUAUUUGAUUUUCGUACAUUUGUAAAUAAAUAUGUAUCAAGUGAACUUCGUCAGUUAGCAUUAUGGUCAAGUCUUUUAUUAAUAUAUACAUCAACAUGGCGUGAAGUUAGACAAAAUUGGUCGUUAAUAUGUGAAAUAUUUCUUAAUUGGGGAACAAAUUUUGUUUCAUUAAAAGCUUAUGAAGAAUUAUGUGCUAAAGUAGCAAAAAUUGAAAAUGAUCCUGAUGUAACACAUCUUAUGGAUCUUAUUUAUAAUGGUACAAAUAGUAAUGAACAACAGCACGAAGAAGAAGAUGAUGAUAAUGAUAAUGACAUAACUGAUGAACCAUCUGAAGGAAUUAUUGAUCUUUCAGAUUUUCAAAAUGAUCAUUUUUAUACAAAAAAUAUGAUUACAAAUGAAACAAAUCGUUAUAUAUCACCGUUUGAAAAUGAUUUACGACGAAUAUUUAAUGAAAAAAAUAAAUCUAAAACAGCUUUAAUAUCUUCAUGGGAUACAUUAUCAAUAUCUGAUCGAACUACAUUAAAAAAAAUAAAAGGAAAUUGGAAAUGGUUAAGUCUAUUACUCAAAGAUUAUAUGCCAUCUAUACCACUUUGGUCAAAUCUAAUACAUUCCGUAACAAAUAAUCUUAAACACAUUCGUCUACAUAAACGUAUAACACAAUUAAUGGUUAGUAAAGAUAAACGAAUUCAGCAAAUAAAACGUAUACAAGCAGCCGAACGUAUACAUGGAAAAACUGAUCUUAUUAUUAGCAGUUUAGCAAAAGAUUUACAUACACAAGUUGCUACUGCUGAUAUAAAACAUUAA